ACAUGGGGUGCCAAGGAGCUCUCCUGUCUUCUGUGGCUCUGCUCACCCUCUUCUUUCUGGUGACUGGAGUUCCUUUAAACAGACAGCUCCACAACAAGUUGCUCCUAGUUUCUUUUGAUGGUUUCCGCUGGAACUAUGACCAGGAUGUAGACACCCCCAAUUUGGAUUCCAUGGCUCAAGAUGGUGUGAAAGCUCGUUACAUGACCCCAGCCUUUAUCACCAUAACUAGCCCCUGUCACUUCACCCUGGUCACUGGAAAGUAUAUUGAGAACCAUGGUGUCGUCCACAACAUGUACUAUAAUACCACCACCAAAUUGAAACUAUCCUACCACACCACGCUGGGGAUUGAAAGUUGGUGGGACAAUGGUAGCCUGCCCAUUUGGAUCACUGCCCAGAGACAGGGCUUAAAAACUGGAUCAUUCUUUUACCCAGGUGGUAACGUCAGCUACCAAGGUGAAUUUGUUAGUGUGAGCAUGAAGGAAGGUGCACUGCAUAAUUAUGGUGAUGAGCAAGAAUGGAGGCAGAACAUUGACACAGUGAUGAAGUGGUUUACGGAAGAUGACCUAGAUCUGGUCACGCUCUACUUUGGGGAGCCAGACUCCACAGGCCACAAGUAUGGCCCCGAGUCCCAAGAGAGAAAGGACAUGGUAUCACAGGUGGACCGAACUGUGGGUUACCUCCAGGAAAAUAUUAAGAAGAAUAACCUCACAGAUAAUCUCAACUUGAUAAUUACAUCUGACCAUGGCAUGACCACUGUCCUAAAGAAUGCCAGUGAUUUGAUUGAAUUUCACAAGUUCCCCAACUUUACCUUCGACGAUAUUGAAUUUGAACUCCUAAACUAUGGACCUAAUGGGAUGCUAAUCCCCAAAGAAGGGAAGCUGGAGACAGUAUAUGAGAUCCUUAAGGACGUACAUCCCAAACUCCACGUCUACAAGAAGGAGUCUUUCCCUAAGAACUUUCACUAUGCCAAUAACGACAGAAUUGCCCCACUGGUCAUGUAUAGUGACUCAGGCUAUGUCAUUCAUGGGAAAUAUAGUGUCCAAUUUAACAACGGGGAGCAUGGUUUUGACAAUGGAGGCAUGGACAUGAAGACCAUCUUCCGAGCUGUGGGUCCUGACUUCAAGAGAGGCCUGGAAGUAGAACCCUUUGAGAGUGUCCACGUGUAUGAGCUUCUUUGUAAGCUGCUGCGCAUCAUACCAGAGGCCAACGAUGGGAACCUAAAUAUUACCCUGCCCAUGCUACGUUCAGGUUCUUCCCACCAGUCACAUGGGAAGCUGCUUUUGGGUCUCACAAUGGCCGUGACCUUGUUAAGGAGACUCUUCUAA